AUGAGGAAGGAUGAAAGGCCUCCAGAGACUGGGAAUAUCUUUGUCAAGAAUCUUCCUGAGAGCUUUACUAGCAAGGAUUUGGAUGAUGCAUUUUCUAUGUUUGGAGAGAUUGUGAGUUGUAAGGUUGCAACCACACCUCAGGGGAAGUCCAAAGGGUAUGGAUUUGUCCAAUUUAAAGAGAAGAAGGCUGCAAAGAAGGUGAUCAAGAACUUCAACAAUCUCAACGGGCUUAUGCUUGGAGGAAACAAGAUUGCUGUAGAAUUAUAUAACCCAGACAUGAAGAAGGGGGAAAGCAAGAAGGUAUCUACGAUGUUUACAAAUUGCUUCAUUAAGAAUUUUCCGGUAGACACCACCGAGAAGGAGCUCCUAGAACUCCUUGUUCGGUAUGGGAAGGUGACGUCUUUGUACUUCCCUAUAAAGGAUGAUGGGAAGCCAAAAGGCUUUGCAUUUGCUAACUUUGAGAGUCAUGAGUCAGCACUCAAUGCCAUCAAUAAUCUCCAUGGAGCAUUUCCCUUUGACAGCAGUAAGGACGGAGGAGAGCCUUUCUACAUUCAAAAGGGGCAAAGAAAGGAAGAGAGGGCUGAGGAGCUUAGGAAGAUGUUUGAGCAGCUGAGUAUGCAAGGACAAAGCUAUAGGAAGAAUCUCUACAUAACAAACAUUCCGGAGGGGUUUGGAGCCGAAGAGCUCAACAACAUAUUCAAAGAGUUUGGAAGCAUUACAUCCAUGUCUGUGGGAAUUGAUGGUGCUAACAGCCAGAAGCAAUAUGCUUAUAUAUGCUACUCGACCCCGGAGGAAGCAAGCAUAGCCGUGGAAAGGGGGAAUGAAAUAUAUCUUGAUGGCAACAGGCUCCAAGUUUCUUACUUCAAGAACAAACUCGAGAGAAUGAAAGAAAAAGAGUUUGGAGGCCUUGGAUACAAGCCAGGGAUUCCAUACAUGUACAACCAAGGUGUUAACUUUACGUCUAAUGGAUACAAACGCGAGAGGAGCAGAAGUGGAACCAUGAGACCAUAUGAUAAUGAGUUUGAAAAGCUACAUAGUCUUGUGCUUGCAGCUGCACCGUCAUUCAAGAGUCAAUGGAAGAGCUUUGGAGUCAACAAUGAAGCCGAGUUUUCUAACAAGGUCACAAGGGCUUUUCGCAACAAGCCUGAGGAAGAGAUCAAGAAUAUGAUCAAUCUAAACUUUGUGCUUACAAAGAACAUAGCUGCGGUCAUUGAAGAUGACAAUUCCAAUGACCAAGUUUUAUUAUAA